CGCGACGCGCAAGUGUGAGUAACGUUUGGCGACCGGUGAGUGUUCGCACAGCGUCUGGACGCAAUGGAUUUGCUUAACCGCAUCACCGUCUUGACAACCAUAUUACUUGUUUACAAGGUUGGACUUUUUAAAUGUGAUUUCGAUUUAAAAACAAAUAAUACUACAGGAUUUAUUCAAAAUGGAGUUCAAAGAAAAGAAAGACAGUCGACACAAGUCAUAGAUUUAUCUCGUAUGUACUUGCCUCCAAAACAAGUAUUCGGCGAGCCUCAAAGUCCAAGAAACGGUUUUAAUGCGCCUAGUGGUCUUGGCAAUAACUGUGGCUCAGGAUUAUUGGGCCAAGGCAAAUUCGAACCGACCGCCUCGGUAGAAAGAUCCUAUGAUUAUGCAUCGUCAAACUCGGCCAACAGCGAAUCGAAUGGUUUAAAUCCGAAUAGGAAAAAUUCAGCAGGCAACAGUGGAGAAUAUAGUAGUUCUGGCGCUUCGGUAGAAAGCAAUUUUGGGGAAAAAAUAAAUACAAAUUACAAUAACGGUCCGUCAGACUUUUCGGGAAACAACUAUAAUUCAUUAUCGAAUGGUUCGCCUCAAAGUAGAUUUUCUCCUCUGGCCGGUCUCAACAAUGGUUAUGCACAAAACCAAAGACCCGAAGAAAAUAAUUUUGGCAAGCAACAAUCCUUUAGUGGUCCACCUGUAGACGUUGGACCUGCUUAUAAUUCAAUCGACAAAAAUCAUAGAAAUUUCACUAAAACCAAUAACAGCAGUACAGAAGGAAAUACACAACGCAACUCGUUCGACAGAGGUACCGUUGAAAGUGUUGCUAACCCGUCACAAUCAAACGUUAAAAACUUUAAAAGUGCUAAUUUCCUAUUAGGUUCAAGCGAAUAUUCAACCGGAGUUAAUGGAGGAAAUCAAGGAAACUCUGUUGGUUUUAACCAGAGUCCCGUGGCCAGCAACAACGGCCGUGAUCAAAAAUAUAGAGAAGCUGGUGGAUCAAUUGUAUUCCCCGAAGACAGUCAAAACUAUGGAAAAUCAAGUGGUGGUGGUGGUUCCUCGUCACUCACAGACAGUUAUGGUCAGUCAAAAUCGUCACAAUCAGCGAUUCCGGGUAACGGGCAAAACUAUGGAAAUAACAGAUGGGGUCAAACUUCAGAUAACAAUCCCGGCGCUUCGACAAACACAUUAAAAGCGUACAACCAACAACGGCUAACUGCAUCCUUUGAUUCGAAUAACAAAGACCAAUCGAUACCGCAACAAUUCUCUAAAAAUAUUGGAUCUAAUUAUCGAAACAUCCCAAGCUCGCCGACGAAUGUGAGAUAUAGCCAGGAACAUAGCACACCCGUCAUAGGUAAGGUCUCAGGCCGUUUACCUAACCAGUGGUUCAAUAUGAUUUUGACAAGUGCUCAACCGUCGGACAGAGCUGCCGAUAACAGCUUAAGAAAUACAAAAAAAUACUCUACUCUUGUACCGAAGGACCGAUAUAAAAAUUCAAAUAUGCCAGGACAACCCAGCAACUCAUACGAGCCAUUGAACAACAAUAUUGGUAGCGGUAGUGAGGCUAGCCCGAAUUCUUUCACGAGUUUUGUACCGGCCAGUGUGCUAAGUAUUCAGAUAUCUAAUAAUAAUUCACCAGGACAAGGAAAAAGUGUAAGCAGACUAUCGAACAAUAAUGGCGGUUAUGGAAAGCCUGGCUCAAAUUCAGAGUAUGGCGAACCUGGACCCAAUUCCUUUUCGAAUUUUGCACCUGGCAAUAUUCCGAAUAGCCAGAGCUCUAAUGCCAAUUCACAGGAACAAAGAAAAAACGCAUAUGGACCAUCUAAUAACGACGGUGGUGGUUAUGGCGAACCUGGGCCCAAUUCCUUUUCGAAUUUUGCUCCUGGCAAUUUACUAAACGGGCAGAAUCCUAGUACCAGUUCACUAGGACAAGGGAAAAAAGUGUACGGACCAUCAAACAACAAUGGCAAGCCUGGACCCAAUUCUUUUUCGAAUUUUGCACCUGGUAAUGUACCAAAUAGUCAGAGCUCUGACACUAAUUCAAUAGAACAAGGAAAAAGAGUAUACGGACAAUCCUCCAGUAACAAUGAUGGUUAUGGCGAACCUGGACCCAAUUCCUUUUCGAAUUUUGCACCUGGCAAUAUUCCGAAUAGCCAGAGCUCUAAUGCCAAUUCACAGGAACAAAGAAAAAACGCAUAUGGACCAUCUAAUAACGACGGUGGUGGUUAUGGCGAACCUGGGCCCAAUUCCUUUUCGAAUUUUGCUCCUGGCAAUUUACUAAACGGGCAGAAUCCUAGUACCAGUUCACUAGGACAAGGGAAAAAAGUGUACGGACCAUCAAACAACAAUGGCAAGCCUGGACCCAAUUCUUUUUCGAAUUUUGCACCUGGUAAUGUACCAAAUAGUCAGGGCUCUAAUACCAAUACUCUGGAACAAGGAAAAAAUGUACACGGACCAGCCAAUAACGAUGUGGGUUAUGGCGAACCUGGGCCUAAUUCCUUUUCGAAUUUUGCUCCUGGCAAUGUACCGAAUAGUCAGAGUUCUAAUGCCAAUUCGCUAGCACCAGGAAAACCCACCUAUGGACCUUUCAAUAACGACGGUGGUUAUGGCGAACCUGGGCCCAAUUCCUUUUCCAAUUUUGCACCGGACAAUGUAGGAAAUAGUCAAACCUCCAAUGACGACAGUGGUUAUGGCGAACCAGGACCCAAUUCCUUUUCGAAUUUCGCACCUGGUAGUCUUCCGAAUAGGCCAACUUCCAAUACCAAUACCCUACAACAAGGAAACAAUGUACUAGUGGCAGCCAAUAACGAUGCACCAAGUAAUUCACCCAAUUUUCAGCCAAGUUCUAGCCAAAUAGAUUGCGAUUCAAGUGAACUAGAACCUCCUGGUAAUCAACCGAGUGAUGCUGCAUUCUAUUUUUCAAGUUCAGGUUAUUAGUGUUUUACUGCAAGAGUUUGUGUAAUUUAAUAUUAGAAACUAUUACAUUAGAGGUACACUAUUAAUUGUUGAAUACGUUCUCUGUGUGUAUUUUUUUACUAAAUAGUUACCAAUGUUUGUUUUUUUUU